AGUUUUUCUAUGAGCGUUCAUUCUCGCUCUGAAAACGCCAAAUACGCUUUCAAACCAAAAUGGAGGAUUUGUCGGUCGAGGUGUACGGUGAAAAUGGUGCUUAUUAUAAGGCCAUUGUCACCGACGUGCUCGACAACGAGGUUCUUGUAACCUUUGAAAAUGACUGGCAGCCGGAAUCAAAAUUUCCUUUUUCUCAAGUGUUCUUACCACCCAAAGACACCGGCAAACACACGGAAUUUGUGGAAAACCAAGAGGUGGAGGUAUUUGCAAGAUCGAACGACAAAGAAGCAUGUGGGUGGUGGACAGCUAACGUUAAGAUGAUUCGCGGCGAGUUCCUAGUGAUAGAGUACUUGGAAUGGGAUAAUUGCUACUCGGAGAUCGUGCCCAAAGACCGGCUCCGGGUGAAGACGCCCAAAACGCCCAUCGACAAGAACACCUUUCACAAGUUCGAGAUACCCGUGCCUGAUGAUCUCAAAGAAUACGCGAAGGUGGAGAACGCGCACAAGGAGUUCCAGAAGGCGAUCGACGCGGCGCUGGUGUGGUUCGUGCCGGAGCGCGGCGCGCUGGCCGUCAUCUCGCGCUGCGACACCUCGCAGCGCCGCGCCACCAUGCUGCAGGAGAUGCACUUCAGAAAUUUAACACAGAAGCUGCUAUUACUAAAAAAGACUGAGGAGGCAGCUAGGCAGUUGGAGUCGACGAAGAUUCACAGUCAGGGAGGGUGAGUACAGUUGUGGGUGGGAGCGGU